AUGGCCGUGCCAAGGAAGACACUGAUGCCAAAAUCAGCAAUUCUGGUAAAGAAGUACAAACGGGGAAUAAGGGUAUCAUUCGCGGCUCUGAUAAUUCUGCUGACGCUCUUAUUUGUGGUAAGCACACCACCAUCAUCUUCAGCAUCAUCACCAAUAAGCUCAUCGUCACCGGCACCACAACCAUCCUUCAAGGGAGGAAAAAUGAAAGGUCAUAGCAAUUACAAGAUGCCAUCCACCGAUAUUUCGCAGAAAGUUCAUUACCCAUUGGAUGAUGGUAAAAAAGAAAAGGCAGUAUUUGUUACACUGGCGAGAAAUGACGAUCUUUGGGAUCUAGUUCUUUCAAUUAGACACAUAGAGGACCGAUUCAACAAGAGGUAUCAUUAUGAUUGGGUUUUUCUGAAUGAUGAGAAGUUUAGCGAUGAAUUUAUUCGAGUUACAAGCGCCUUGGUUUCAGGUGAAGCGAAAUAUGGGCAGAUUCCUGAGGAACAUUGGUCGGUGCCAUCCUGGAUUAAUAAAGCAAAGUUCGAUAAGGCAAGACAUGAAAUGAAAGAAAAGAACAUUAUAUAUGGCGAUUCUAUUCCAUAUAGACACAUGUGCCGUUUCAACUCGGGAUUCUUUUACAGACAUGAACUCCUGCAAGAAUAUGAUUGGUAUUGGAGAGUCGAUACAGAUAUCACAAUUUACUGUGACAUCCAAUACGACAUUUUCAGAUUCAUGAAAGAGAACAACAAAAAAUAUGGAUUUGUCAUUUCAUUAACAGAAUACGAGACCACUAUUCCCACAUUAUGGCCAACUACGCAAAAAUUUAUAGAAGAAAAUAAGCAAUAUAUCAGUAAGAACAAUCUGAUGGAUUUUAUUUCUGAUAACGGUGGUAUGACUUAUUCUGGGUGUCAUUUCUGGUCCAACUUUGAAGUUGGUUCUUUGAAUUUCUGGAGGUCUGAGGCGUUUACAAAGUACUUUGAUUAUUUAGACCAGAGUGGUGGAUUUUUCUAUGAAAGAUGGGGAGAUGCACCUGUUCACUCUCUAGCAGUUGCAUUAUUCUUAGAUAGAUCUGAGGUACACUUCUUUGAUGGUAUAGGAUUUAGGCACCCCGAUUUUACGUCCUGUCCAGUUGAGGAACAAAUUAGACUUCAAAAUAAAUGUACUUGUAAUCCAAACAACGACAUUACUUGGAUUCCUGAUUAUUUUUGCACAAGAAAAUUCUUUGAAGUUAACCACUUGAAGAUGCCGGUAGGCGUCUAA